CCUAUUGUUUCCUUUCCACAGGUGGACCCUUACGUACCCUAUGAAUACACCUGCGAGGGGAUGCUGGAGCGGAUUCACGCUUACAUUCAGCACCAGGAUUUCUGUGCUGGAGCUUCUCCUCCUCUGCCAGUGAAGCCCAACGGCCAUGCUAUGCCAAGCUCUCCAAGCCUAUUCACCCUGUCGCCCAACGCCACUCACCUUGUGUGGUCGUACAACGCCAGCAGCGCCCCCCAUGUCUGGCCUCCCGUGAGCUCCAUGCAGGUGUGGGUGUCUGAGGCCGGGCAAGCCUGCACUGAGACCUGUCAGGAGCACAGGCUGGUCUGCGAGCCGACAUUCUUCGAGUUUCUCAACAAGAAGGACGUGUUUCUCCA